AGAAACGUAUUGAUGGAAAGAAUUCGAAUAUUCGAGUGCCAAAUUGAUUUAGUUUGAAUUUGGUGGAAUAUUUUUACGAAUUUUAAUAUUCCUGCUGAACUUUUCGAUAUUUUUAACAGUUUUUAACGUUUAUUAAUAGGAUUUUUAUCGAAAAAUUAAUGUAGAAUGCCAAAGCAAUACGAAAUCUUUCUAUGUCUUCUAUGGAAAGAAUGGAUGUUUAUUCGAAGGGAUUAUGUUUUAACUUUCGUUGCUAUCCUCCUGCCUGCUUUGUUAUAUGCUCCAAUUUUAUUUAUAAGAAACUAUAAUACAGAAUUAGUCACCAAACAAAGAGAUAUCACGUAUUAUACUAUCUUCGAUCCUGUAGUUUCUAAUAAGUUGAAGAUGGGCACCGAAGAAGAAUUAUUUUUAUUCGCUCCUAAUAAUAAUAUUACAGCUUCUUUAAUGAGAAAAGCAUUUGAAAGAAUUGAAACCAAAUUUCACAUAUUUCCCGAAUUAGUAGGAGUUAUAAAUGAAAAGGAGAUAGAAUUUAUAGCAAAAAAGAGAAAGAAAAUAAGAGGGGCUGUUAUUUUUAAUGAUUUAAAUUUUAAUGGAACUGGAAAACUUGAUUAUAAACUCCGUUUUCCUAUUUUCUAUUCAAUGAUUACGAGAAACCAUUUUAAAACUUUUAUUAAAUACCGACAUUGGUACAUGAAAAAUGAGUUUUUUAGUAGUGAGUUUCUAUUAUUACAACACGCAAUCGAAACGACUUUCAUCGAAAUGGUUCAAAACGAAUCAAAGAAAAGCUUCGUGAUGGAACUUCUCCAGCUUCCUACAUCCUCCUACAGCGGCUAUCAAUUAUUAAUCAUCCUUGAUUUCUUGCCUUAUAUUAUAGUCUAUGGUCUGCAUUUGUGUGUGGUUGUCAUACUCAUAAACUCAUCCGCAAACAAACAAAGAGAAAGAGAGAUGUUACUUGUUUCUGGAGUCAGUCACUAUCUGAUCUGUGUUUGCGAUUUCUUCGUUAGUCUGUCAUUAAUUAUGUUAUCUUUAUUGUUGCUUCUGAUUGAGAUUUUGUGUUUGAAGAAGGAAGUUAACAUCCUUUCACAUACAGAAAAUAGUGUAUUUUGCAUAAUCUUUAUGAUAUACGCUCUGAAUGCCUCUUUAUUUAUAAUGUUCGUAUCUUCCAUCUUUCAACAUCCCGAUAUAAAGAUACCAUUUUGUCUUUCUGCGUGGAUAAUUACUCAUACUAUUCCCACUAUUUUUAUAUUCCCUCGUUACAAGAGAGAUCUGAAAACCAUUUACAAAUUUCUCUUUUGCUUGUUCCCAAAUGUGGCUUUGCAAUGGAUAUGCAGGAUCAUAUCACUGUCAGAAACUAAUGGCAAAGAAGUAACAUGGAGCACGCUAAAUGAUUCAAGUUUUGCUGAUGAUUUUACCAUUAGUCAGAUAAUUAUGAUGAUGUUUAUAUCUUCUAUCAUUUAUUCUACAUUUUUUCUUUUUAAAUAUCAUUUUUUGAGUUAUUUCCAGCAUCAUUCGAGUGUUUCUGUCAAUGAUUAUAAUUGGAAUUUAAAGUAUGAGCAACAUACAAAAAAUGAUGAAAAAUAUUUCGAUGAUUUUCAUGUAAAAAGCCAAAAAACUGGAAUUUCUGUGCAAAAUUUACAUAAGAAAAAUCAACCUGGAAAAUUUCCCAUCUUAAACAAUUUGCAAAUUUAUUGUCGCGAAAGUCAAAUCACCACAAUAUUGGGACAUAAAAAUUCAGGAAAGUCGAUGUUAACACUUAUUAGUCUCGGUUUGGAGAUCGCAGAUAAUGGAGAAAUUUAUGUAAAUGAUGAGAAAGUAAGAGGAGGAUGGAAUAACAAAGGUGCUAUAGGCUGGUGCCCGCAAGUAAAUAUUUCAUAUUCUAUGUUAACCGUGGAAGAAAAUCUACAAUUUUUUGCCCGGUUACAUGGUAGCAAUUAUUCAAACAAAGAGAAUAUCAACAAAAUUUUAGAGUUAUUGAAAUUAUAUUCCAUUAAAAAUCUCUUAGGAAAGUUUCUCCUUCGUCAAGAACUCAGAAAACUUUGCAUUGGAAUCGCCAUGAUUCAUGAUCCUCGAGUUAUAAUUCUUGAUGAACCCAGUUUUGGCUUUAGUUCAAAAGAAACAUUACAUCUUUUAGAUAUCUUGAAUAAAAUUUGCCAUAAUAAAACCAUUUUAUUCCUCACUCGUUCGAAGCACGAAGCACUUUUAACUGAAAGAAUAAUCUUUCUUGUACAUGGAAAUAUUAAAUGUUCGGGAUCUUUAGAAGAUUUACAGAAAAAAUAUGAAUGUGGGUCUCGAGUUAUUAUUGAUGUACAGAACGGAAGCCAAUACGAAAGUAUUGUGGAAUAUAUUCAUUCUCUAACUGAAGAAGUUAAUAUUAUAAAAAGUAACAAAGAAAUAAUUGUCUGGCUAUUUGCCUCGAAUAGAAUAUAUAUAGUUAAUCAAAUAAUCCAAUUUGUCGAAGGAAAGUUUCCAUUCAAAAUAUUUAAUGUGACCAUGGCUGAUAUUUUAGGAAGUUUAACGAAACUUAAAAAUGAUUGUUCUUGUUCAAAGUCUGUUAAAAUUCCGAAAGACUUAAAGAACAUUACUCUAAUGAUCUUCAUCAUGUUGGUUCUGAGUUCAUUAAAAGAAUUUUCCGUCUUUGUAAUCAAACCAUUUAUUUAUUUAUUUCCAACUAUAUGUGUUGUAUGGAGUCUAGAAGAUAUUUAUGUUCGCAUGUUGAAAGAUAAUAUCUGUCCCGAGAUAUUAGAAAGCUUACUUUUAACUUGUGACAAACUGAGAGAUGGUUCCCUCUUAUAUGCAUGCUGCCAUGAAUAUAAUACUCUACAAAGACAAAAUGUCUAUUUAGAAAAUUGUGCCUUUAUGGUUAUUUUUGGGAUACUGUAUUUUACAAUUUUACUCUGUAUCGAGCAUCAUUUUUUCACCGCCAUAAAUAAUAGAUAUCAAAUACUCAAACGAAUGUCUAAAUUUCCAGAAAUUGUCAUAUCCGAAGAUUUCUCUCAAGAAAAUAUAUUUAUUGUGAAAAAUCUUCGCAAGAAGAUCCAUCUAGAUUUUAACAUUCGUAAUGUAUCUUUCAGCAUCGAGAAAUCGAAAUGUUUUGGCAUAUUAGGGCCAUCCAAUGCUGGGAAAUCCACUUUGCUGAAAUGUCUUAUAGGAAUUAUAUCAAUUGAUAAUGGAAUUAUUCUCUUCGAUGAUUAUAAUAUUAUGUUAAACUAUCAAAAGUACCAAUCACAAGUUGGAUAUUGUCCUCAAAAUGAAGGUUUAUUGUGGAACUUAACUGGCAAACAGACAAUUAAAUUAUUUGCAACUCUUCGCGGGAUUGAAAGGCAUCAUAUUCCAAAAAUAAUUAAUCAUCUGUUCAGAUCUCUUGGGCUAAAUGAAGAAGAUAAAUUAGUGAGAGAAUAUAGUGGUUGCAAUAAAAAACUAUUGUCAAUUGCAAUAUCUCUUUUGGAUUAUCCUCCCUUGAUAUUUUUAGAUGAACCCACCUCUCAUAUGAAUAACGAUAUCAGAAAUUGUGUUUGGAAGACGUUAUUAGAAAUCAAGAAUGAUCCUUACUUGCAGACUUCUUUUGUAAUUACUACAUCGAGUUUUGACGAAUGUACGAAACUUUGUGACCGAAUGGCCUUCUUGGUCAAUGGAAACAUGUAUUGUGUCGGCGAUGUUUCUGAUCUUCAAGAGACGUUUGCCAUCGGUUAUCUUGUAACCAUUUUCAUAGACGAUUCAAAAAUUGAUCCGAUAGAAUUAACUGAAUGUAUUUCUAAGAUUUUCGAAAAAAUCAAUUCGGUCAUAUUCGAAGUUUUUGCAGAAGCGAAGCUCCCCUGGUGGCUAAAUUAGAACAUUAUUCAAAUUCAAAUUUUUUGUGUG